CAAGAACAAAAAACGCACUCUUCUCCACCUCUUUCCCACCUUCGCUGCGCUUUCCUCUUCGUCUUCCCUUGUCGUCUUCCUCUUUUUUUCUACUACUUUUCCUUUUCUUUUUGGUUAUCAGCUAUACCUCUCACUUCUCUUCCUUUCCUUUCCUUUCCUUUCUGGGCUUCCUAACUCCUAAGCACUUCAAUUAUUACCCACUUCUCGUCCUCUCUCUCUCAAGCUGAUGAUUCCUUGAAGCUCUGCCUUCUUCCUCUGAUAACUGCUGCCACAGCUUGCUCCGGCCAUGGCUUCCCAUGUAGUAGAAGGAGCAGAGAUGGAUUUGGAGAAUGGACUUCUCAUCCGUCAAAAAUCCCAAAGCCCAUUGGGUGAGCUAUCACCAACACCUUCACCAUCCUCUGCAUCGACAGCUCCUGCGCUGGUUCUGUCCAACUCUGGGAAAAGGAUUGAUCAAGCUGGGAAAAAGAAGUAUGUAAAGCAAGUAACAGGGCGGCACAACGAUACCGAGCUCCACUUGGCAGCUCAGCGCGGCGAUUUGGCUGCUGUGAAGCAGAUUUUAGAUGGUAUUGAUUCUCAAAUGGUGGGGACUUUGACAGGAGCAGACUUUGAUACUGAGGUCGCAGAGAUAAGGGCGUCGGUUGUCAACGAAGUCAAUGAGUUGGGAGAGACCGCCUUGUUUACUGCUGCUGACAAAGGACAUCUGGAGGUGGUGAGGGAACUUCUCAAGUAUGCAACUAAAGAGUGCACUACUAGGAAGAACAGGUCGGGGUUCGACCCCCUCCAUAUUGCUGCUAUGCAAGGGCACCAUGCCAUUGUUCAAGUACUGCUUGAUCAUGACCCCAGCCUGAGCCAAACGUAUGGCCCGUCAAAUGCGACACCUCUUGUAUCUGCUGCCACCAGAGGGCAUACUGCUGUAGUGAAUGAAUUGCUAUCCAAGGAUGGCAGCUUAUUGGAGAUCUCUAGGUCAAAUGGUAAAAAUGCUUUGCAUUUAGCUGCCAGGCAAGGCCACGUUGAAAUCGUGCGGGCAUUGCUCAGCAAAGACUCUCAAUUGGCACGAAGGACUGACAAGAAAUGGCAGACCCCACUGCACAUGGCUGUGAAAGGUCAGAGCCGUGAGGUGGUGAAAUUGCUUCUUGCAGCUGAUGCUGCUAUUGUUAUGCUGCCAGACAAGUUUGGUAACACAGCAUUGCAUGUUGCUACCAGAAAAAAGCGCGCAGAGAUUGUGAAUGAAUUGUUACUACUUCCUGACACAAACGUCAAUGCACUGACUCGUGAUCACAAGACAGCGCUCGAUAUAGCGGAAGGGCUCCCCCUUUCAGAAGAAUCUUCAGAGAUAAGGGAGUGUCUCUCUCGCUAUGGAGCUGUCAGAGCUAAUGAACUCAACCAACCAAGGGAUGAGUUGAGGAAUACGGUUACUCAAAUCAAGAAAGAUGUGCAUACUCAGCUAGAGCAAACCAGAAGGACCAACAAGAAUGUCCACAACAUCUCCAAAGAGCUCAGGAAGCUACACCGUGAAGGGAUCAACAACGCCACAAACUCAGUCACUGUUGUAGCUGUGCUAUUUGCAACUGUUGCCUUCGCAGCAAUCUUCACUGUCCCUGGAGGGGAUGAUAACAACGGGAUAGCUGUGGUGGUGACCCAUGCUUCUUUCAAGAUCUUCUUCAUCUUCAAUGCCAUUGCUCUCUUCACAUCACUGGCUGUUGUCGUAGUCCAAAUCACGUUGGUGAGAGGCGAGACGAAAGCAGAGAAAAGAGUUGUGGAGGUGAUCAACAAGUUGAUGUGGUUAGCCUCGGUGUGCACCUCUGUGGCAUUUAUGGCCUCUUCUUACAUAGUGGUUGGCAGAAAGCACGAAUGGGCUGCGAUUCUGAUAACUUGUGUUGGUGGAGUGAUCAUGGCUGGGGUACUUGGCACCAUGACUUACUAUGUAGUGAAGUCAAAGAGUCGUCGGUCGAUUAGGAAGAAGGAGAAGCAUGCAAGGAUGAGUGGGUCGAAUUCAUGGCAUCAGUCUGAUUUCUCCAACUCUGAAGUUGAUCGAAUUUAUGCCCUUUAAAUGGUCGGUAAUUGUAUUCUCUCUGUAAGUUUCUUCCAAAACCUGAUCUUUCACUCUAGGCUAGUGACAUGAAUGUCGAAACAACGAACAUGUCCACAGCUAUGUAUGUAUAUAAAAAAGACCAACGCUUUGAUUUGCAUCUGGGCAAGAGGAUUUCUUUUCUGGGAGUGAAAACAAAUGCAUGAACUGUACUGUGGAAAAGAUGCAAAUGUACUCCAAGAUAUGCCCUGCAGUAGCAGGAGUCUCCAGCUAAUUAACUGAUACUAAUGUGCAAACGAGGAAUCAUAUAUUUUUUGUGUGAGGAAAAAGAA